GUGAGUGCCAUGGAGACAGGUGAGAGCAGCAGAAGGAAGAGCGUCCUUUUGAGUAGAAGAUGAGCUUGACUCUAUCAACAGCUUUGCAGGCAGAGCUUCAGCUGGACAUCCUAUGAGGCCAGCAGGUGCCAGCUUCUGGAGUUGCCCUGGGAGGAUGUUCUGGUUCCCCAUGUCCUAUGCCACCUCCCACUGUGCCAACUUGUCUGUCUGCAGCGUGUCAGCAAGCAGUUCCGUGCCCUGAUUCAGGUCUACCUGGCAAACUGUCACAGUCUGGACACCUCCCAGGUAACGUGCCAGUGCAGCCAGGGACAUUGUGCCUCCCUCUACCACCUAGGAGCCCGUCAAAGUUCGGGGCUGCCAUUCCUCAACACGCAUUCUGCAGGCUACUGAAAGACAACAUGGUGCUGCACCACCUGAGCGUUCACAGCUGCUCCGAUUGGCUAACGGACCUCGAGCUCUCGCCAGUGAUUGGUCAAAAUCAUCACUUGGAGAAGGUUGAUGUGACGGGAUGCCGUGACUUGAGCAGGCAGACGCUAGAGACCUUGUCACUGAAUUGCCCCAACUUGCAGUAUCUUUCUCUCAGGCAAUGCGACUGGGUGGAUCCCCUUUCCCUGCGAAGCCUGGCUGAUCGCUGCAGCCGACUUGUGUCAAUUGAUCUGACCGCUUGCAAGCAGUUGAAUGAUGAAGCAGUCUGCUACCUAGUGCGUAAGUGUCCAAAGAUCAAGUCACUGUCCCUGGCAGUCAAUGCAAACCUCAGUGAUAGCUCAGUGCAGGAAGUGGCCAAAGUAUGCACUGAGCUCGAACACCUGGAUUUGACUGGCUGUCUCCGCCUCAGGAAUGAAUGUAUAAGGACAGUUGCUGAAUAUUGCACAAAGCUCAACUCGCUGAAAGUGAAUCACUGUCAUAACAUCACUGAAGGAAGCUUAGAAGUUUUGCGUAAGAAGGGAGUAGACAUUGACGUACAACCUCCCCUCCAACGGGCACUGGUACUUCUGCAGGAUGUUGUGGGCUUUGCUCCAUAUAUUAACCUCCAGAUUUGAACAGAAAUAUUGUGGUAAACUUGUUAUCCAUAGCUUUGACACAAUUGCACUCCACUCUUGUGGUAAUGUAAACUUAGAUUGAAAUACGUUGAUGCUCCUUCGUCAAAUUUCCAGUAAUGAGAUCCCAAUCAUUUGUUCCUCAAUGUGUUGUUGAAAUGAGGUGAGACCUGUAAUGUCAUACAUGAAAAUAGCUGGCUUGCCAUCACAUUGAAUCAUCACUGCUAAGUCAUUGUUAGUGGUUUUGUUUUGAUUGUGUGAAGUGAUGAAAGUGGCCACUGCUGGUUGUACACUGCACCAGAGGUCGGAGCAAGGCAGAUUACUGCUCAUUUACUUGAGCAGAAUUCUGAAAGUGUUGCUGUUCACAGUGAAUGGCCAACCACAUCAACCAAAGGGAGGAAAUUAAGGGAGAUAACAUUGUUAAAAAAGCUUGAUGAUAUCAAGGUUUGGAAUUGAGAUGAAGCUUUGAUAAUCACCAUUUGGCGAUGCAUUCUCUGUACUUCAUAAUUAAAAGUUCUUUUCAGCUUCUUGAAUACACCUUCAAAACUUGCAUCACCAAUCAGCUUCCCAUUAACCUUUUGACUACAGCUUUUAUUGAAGUCUCCAAUUGCUGAUGCUUGGUAAGAUCCUAGCAAAUCUGCAUUGUAACUUCUCAUUGCACAAAACUGCACAUGGCCUCUCAGCUUUGGCCCUAACACAGCAGCUUAUAAGUUCCAGCCAACUCUAUAUGGUCUCAGCGCAAGAGUAUGCCAUUUGGGAUAGAUUAAAGAGGCAUUCAAUUAGACUCAUUUCCCACAGUACUGCAGUUUCUAUUAGUUAAUAUAUCCAAAUCCGUUUUGUGAGUUGACUUUCAGUACUCUUUCACACAAAGAUAAUCUAGUUCAUAAUUCCCUUAAAGUUUCUUUUAAUCUCUUUUGGUUCUUUUUAUUCUUAUAGUUCUGGUUACAGAUAACCCUGCUGGUGGAAAGAGUUUCUCGUGACUUUGAACAUUUCAAUUAAAUUUCCUUUUAACCUUAUGUCUGAGGAGAACAAUCCCAACAUUCGAUAAAAGAAAAUUUUAAAAACUGUUGGAAAUCUGAAAUCUUAACUCCUCAUCCACCAAAUCACUGAAGUCCCUCAUCACUUGUACUUGUCUGGUAACUUCCUGUGGUGUCUCUGGCACGCAAUCCUAUGAUACUUGUAUCCCUGGCCAUAUAUCCAUUUAAAACUUUUGCCUAACAAAUUUAUUGCAUUGCUACUAAAAUGCAGAAGUCAGCUUUUCUAAUGACUCUCUUAAUGGCCUCUUGAUUCGAAAUAAGCCUUAUUCCAGCACCUAAAUACAUAAACUAGGCUGAAAUUAUUUUGUUGGAAGGUGAUGCACAGUGCAUUUCAAUAAGGUGUUAAACUGAAUCAAGUAGAUGUUAAUAAUUCACCAGCAAUAUUCAAGAGUAGACAUAUUCAGAUGUCUUUAUCUCUCAACAAGCACAUUAACUUGUCAUUGCUUGAUCACAUGACAAUAUGAUCCAUCAACCUUGUUCCACUAUUCAGUAUGAGCAGAGCUGAUCCUCGGUCUCAUUUACCAUCCCUUCUGAUCUGCAUAUCUCUCAAUUCUCUCAACUCCCAAGGUGAACAUAUCCAAGACUGAGAUCAGUAUAUUGCUUGAGCAUCUGGAGUGCUGUCCAGUAGAGAAUUCAAAGUUCAUAAUUGCUUGUGAAGAAAUUCCUGCUUGUCUCAGCCCAGAUGGCUGACUGGGUUUUCUGGUUCAAUGAUCCCUAGUUCUAGAUGCCCUAGCUAGAGGAACCGCUUCUCAAGAUCCAUUUUCAAGCCCUCUGUGUUUCAUUAAGAGUUUUCUGAAUUUGGCUAUGGGCUCACAACACUCAAUCUCUCCUAAGACAAUCUGCUCAACGCUGGAGUCAAGUAACUGAACCAUUGUUGCACUGUUUCUCAGGCAAGUUUGUCCUUGUGUUCUGCGUCCUAAACUACAGUCUUACUAAGACUCUAGUUGCAUCAAAAUGUUGUUAUUCAUGUACGCCAAGUCCCUUACAAUAAAGAUUUGAUGUACCAUUUGUCUUCCAAAUUGCUUGCAGGU